AUGGCGCUGAGUCGGAACUUCCGCACGACGUACUACAAGACGCUGGGCGUGCCUGUGGUGCAGCACAUUGUGGACGUGGAGGCAUCGUUCGCGGCGCUGCUGAGCGAGAGGGCUGUGAACGUGCCGCAGCUGUUGAAAUUGGCGCUGGAACUGGGCAUCGCGCCGCCGUAUCGAGCGCGGAUCUGGCUGCUGCUGGCCGGCGUGCUGCCGCCGUAUCCCGGACUGUGGAGUUUUGCACUGAAGGAGCGAUGCGCGAUGUUUGAGGAUGUGGUGGGGGCAGCACAAGUUCUCCAAGCUAAAGACGUGUCCGAGGAC